UCUUCUGGUGGCUGUCCCUUAGCGAUGGCCAAAACGUUGAUAUUCGUCUACAUAGUUGUCGCGGCAGUGCUGCUCUUGUUCCUCUCUCAUUCACCGAAGAAGUUCUCCGGCCACCGCCGCCGCCGCCUCAAGCUCCGCUCCAACUUCACCCUAGCACCGUCGCGCCACCACGCCGUGGCCUUCGACCCCUUGGUGGCGGAGCUGGAGCGGCACCGGGAGGACAAGGAGUGGGAGAAGCAGGUAUCCACCAGAUUGAUACUCUUGUUCCCCAAGAUCGACGUGGACCCCGCCGAUUGGUUCGUCACCGAGCACGAGUUGACUCAGUGGAACCUCCACCAGGCACAGCGCGAGGUCCUGCAUCGCACCCAGAGGGAGAUGGAGCUUCACGAUAAGAAUCACGAUGGCUUUGUUUCGUUCUCCGAGUACGAUCCUCCCAGUUGGGCUCAAAAUGCAGAUAACGAGUCUUUCGGUUAUGAUAUCGGUUGGUGGAAAGAAGAGCAUUUUAAUGCAUCUGAUGCUGACAGAGAUGGUGUUCUAAACUUGACCGAAUUCAAUGACUUUCUGCACCCGGCGGACAGCAAAAACCCUAAGCUUCAUCAGUGGUUGUGCAAGGAGGAAGUCAGGGAAAGAGAUACAGACAGAGAUGGAAAGGUCAACUUUAAAGAAUUUUUCCAUGGGUUGUUUGAUUUGGUGAGAAACUAUGAUGAUGAAAGUCAUAAUUACUCGAAUCAUUCUGAUAAUUCAAUGGAUGCUCCAGCCAGAGUGUUAUUUGGUCAGCUUGACAAGGAUGGGGACGGAUACUUGUCAGAUGCUGAACUACUGCCCAUAAUUGAGAAACUCCAUCCAUCUGAGCAUUAUUAUGCAAAGCAACAAGCCGAUUACAUCAUUUCACAGGUACUCCAUUUUACUUUACAGUAAUUACAGGCUUCUUGU